UCACGAGACGGGGUCCCAUGGGGCGCCGCACAGAUAUUGCUUGGCGUGAUGCUGCUCAUCAAACUUACAUAAUGCAGAAAAAAAAAAAAGAUCACCCAUAAGCGUCACCCAAGCGUUAGUUCACGAUUGCCUGUUCAGUGGCAGCCGACUGUAUCAUACACGGUACUCAUGUCCUUGCUCCCCUACCCUCUUCCCCUCUGCUGGUCCCUAAGCAGCCAUCUCCCCUCCUCUUCCCGCCCCUUGUACCCGCACCUCCCUCCCCGCUUCCUUCUGGUCUCCUAUUACUCGCCCUUUCCCCUCUCUUCUAACCCUCACACUGGUUCCCUGGCUCUCCCUCCGCGCCAGUGUUCUUCCCUCUCCAUCCCUGCAGCCUUCUUGCUAAUCCUUCUCGCCAGACGACGCUCUCCACACUCCCUCAGUUCGGGACAACAUAGUGAUGUGAUAGCUUGUGUUUGGUCAAGGAAACGCGCAAUAAAAACAUUCUUGUGUCUGGUGAUCUGACGGUGGAAAGCCCUUACAGGCACUGUGUGGCCUUGCGUUGCUGCGUGUGCUGAAUGUCAGAUGAAUUAUGAAGUGAAGUAAGAGCCGUAAGUGAACAUUAUAAAAUUAAACACUAUAAUAUUUUGUUUCUUUUAAAGUGGUGGAAAACUCGAAUGAGAAAUGAAGGCCGAAAGGAAAAGAGAAAGAUGAAUAAUGCAACACCUCAAGUCCUCAUACGUGUAGUCAAUUUCCUGGAACUGUGCUUCUUGUUUUCUCCGGCGGGUAUUUUGUUGAGGAGACAGCGAGGACAGCAUGACACACCUGCACUUCCUGACGCUCGUGACCCUCGUGCUGGGCGAAGGGUGGCGGGUCAAGGCCUCGGAGUGCGGGGAUGACUGGCGUGUGUUGGGCGGCCACUGUUACCGUGUGGGGAGCGUGCUGGCCUCUCACUCCCUGGCCGCGGCUACCUGUCGGGCCCAUGCGGCACACUUGGCCUCCGUGCACACGAAAAGAGAGAACGACUUCCUCCUGUCGUUAUUAGAAGGCGCUGACGGGGUGUGGCUGGGCUUGACGGCGGAGGAGGUCGAGGGAGAGGCGGACGGAUGGUGGUGGCUAGCGACUCUGCUUGGAAAGAGGUCAUGGCACUGGACGGAUGGUUCCCCGCUCACUUAUACCAGCUGGGCGACACCUGGCGGCCCUCCUGAGACCUCUUUAAACUGCGUCAGCCUGGACAACCGCACCGCCCUCUGGCUCCCCACUCGCUGUCAUCACCUGCUGGAAUUUGUCUGCAAGAAGCCCUGCCCCCGAUGUCAGCCAGAGCCUCCCGCCAACUUUCCCGCCGGCGACGCAGAAGACUUGGGUUCUGGAGAUACAGUGAAAGUCCGGUUCCAGCAUCCCUCCCUCAGGCAUCCCGAGGCUCUGACCUUAGCAGCUCCUGAAGGCGAGGUAACACAGGAGACACGAGCUACACCUCGUCCCGCCACCAGCCCUGCGUGUGAAGGGGCGUGCGGGAGGAGCUUCUACCGGCUGUCCACGACCCCCAAGGCGUGGCGGGAUGCGCGGGAGGACUGCCUGGCGGGGGACGGGCGUGUGGCGGUGGUGGUCAACAGCGUGCCCCCUAAGCUGGCGUCAAGAUUGGCGGCGCUGGGGUCUCCCCUGUGGGUGGGAAGCCGCGCUCCCGACGCUGCCCUGAUGCGUCCUAGACCAGCCAUUACCCUUUCUGGAGUCCUCCCGGCAGGAGCAAGACGGAGGCAUCGCGGUCCUUGCCGCGUGGCCGUGCCAGGGUCUGGCCGCCCCUCCACUGUCGGCUGUCGCCGCCGCCACCACUACCUGUGCGAAUACUUGCACCGUCAGGAUGACCGGCCUACGCCCCCAGCCCCUGUCCUCGCCGGGCCCAUCAAACCCCGGCCCGCCUGUGCCGUGGGCUGGCACCUCUCUGGCGGACGCUGCUACCGGGCCUUCUCGACGUGGAGGACGUGGGCGGCGGCGGAGGAGACCUGCUUGAGUCACGGCGGGCACCUAGCGAGCGUGGGCGGCCCCUCGGAGCACCACGCUCUCCUCAGCCUGUCCUUGAGCCGCGUAGUGACCAGCCCUGUGUGGAUUGGUUUGCGCCGCAAAGAAGGAGGAGCUGACGAGUUCGAGUGGGUGGACGGCACGCCCUUCCAUCCCUACCUGGGUUGGGAGAGAAGCCAGCCGGACCACCACCUGGGGCGGGAGUGGUGCGGGGCCGCCAGCCUGCCCGAGUUUGCCCUGCAGGACGCCGUGUGCCUCACCCUCAUGCCCUUCGUGUGUGAGGCAGCGUAUGGUAUGUCCGGAAAUCCGCUGCCCCCACCAACCCUGGCCUUCUCUGACGAGGCGUGUGAAGGCGACCCCGCUUGGCUGCGCCUCGGGGACCACUGCUACAGGCUGGUCGGCGCCGAGGACCAGCAGCCGUGGGAGGAGUCCAAUAAAAGGUGUCUUGAGGAGGGCGCUCUCCUAGCCUCUGUACAUUCGCUAGAGGAGAACUACUGGCUGCAGGCGAAGUUGCUCCGGUUGAGUUUGGAGGCGGUGUGGAUGGGCGGGCGGGCGUGGGAGGAGGAGUAUCGCUGGGUUGACCACACGCCCUUCAACUUUACGAACUGGGCGCCUGGUGAACCAAACAAUGUUCAUGACCAGGAAGAUUGUCUCGCCCUCUACACGCGCCGCCAAGGUUACUGGAACGACCAGAACUGUGGCUCUCCUGCAGGACGAGUUUGCAAGAGGCCGCUGGGGAGUAGCCGACGCCACACGCCCCCUACCCACGCCCCGACACCCGCUGCUUCCCCAGGCAAAUGUCCCCGGGGAUGGACUACUGCCCAGGGGUCCAGGUGUUACAAGUACUUCGCUGAGCUGAGGGACUUCGAUGCUGCCCGAGCCGCCUGCAGGAGAGAGAGUCCCGACGCAGACCUGGCCAGUGUGCACACGGCGAAGCAGCAGGCUUACCUCACCGUGUUGGCGGGCGUGGGCGUGGCAGGGGCGUGGCUGGGGAUGAAGAGGCAACAGCAGCACUUCCUGUGGGUGGACCAGACGCCCGUCACCUUCACCUCGUGGGCGGCGGGCGAACCAAGCGGAGCCCAGGCAACGGUGGUGGUGGGGGCGGGCCGGCGGCUGCGGCAGGCUGAGGAGUGCGUGGAGCUGCUCACCCACAGUAGGGCGGGAAUGUGGAACGACGUGGCCUGCAGCGAGCGACGGGCCUUCGUGUGCCAGACUCCUCCUGCAGAGCCAGCAAGACCAGAACACCUCUCCCCCUCUCCUUCUCCCUCUCCCUCUCCUUCCCCGAGGUGCCCCCCGCCCCACCACCACUACCUGAGGCUGGGUGACCACUGCUACCGCCACGUCCUCACCCCGCUUCCUUGGCAGGAGGCAGAGGACACCUGUAGCAGGGAGGGGGCGCACCUGGCCACGGCCCUCACCAAGACGCAGGCGGCGGCGGUGUGGGUGGCGGUGAUGGAGGCUGGGCUGCAGGAGGCGUGGCUGGGGCUGCGUCAUGAGGAGGAGCACGAAGCGUUCCGGUGGUCGAGUGGGUGGCCGCUUUUGCACGCCCAUUGGUUCUCCGCCACCAGCACAGAGAGUGGCGGGGAUUGCGUGGCUCUCAGCGCCUCAUCAGGGCAGUGGGUGGUGCGUCCUUGCCUCACCGCGCGGCCCUUCAUUUGCCAUCUUGACUCAGCAGCAGAGGGGGCGGCAGUGAGGGCGUCCAGUGAGUCCUGUCCUGACAAGCGCUGGCUGGACUUCGGGGGUCUUAAUUGCUACCUGGUGGUGAGGGACCCCAAGCCCUGGCACGACGCCCGCUACACAUGUCUGCUGGAGGGCGGUGACCUGACAUCCAUCACCUCUGGGGCGGAGAUGACGCUACUCACCAUAGCGCUGCACGACGUGACCCAGGCCGUAUGGAUUGGACUGCUGCGGGAGGAACGCGGACAUCGGUGGACCGACGGCAUGAACUUCAACUUCACCAACUGGAACGAAGGGGAACCGAACGGCGGCGCGGGCCUGUGUACUGAAGUUUACGCAAACACCGGCCGCUGGAACGACGUGGAGUGUUCCCAGGUGCGGCCCUUCGUCUGUAAGCACCUCAGAAGCUGAACACUUCCACCUGUGGCUUUAGUGUGGUACAAAGCCCCGUGUUCAGAAGCGCUUUUGCUCUCUCACCACGACUAUUUUCUAAGUCCAUAAAGACCAUUAGUAGGGGUAUCGAUCUUGUUUCUCCUGUUAAUACACUAGAAAUCUUGUUAAUAUGUCACUAGAAUCAUAAAAACGCCCUUAAAAACACGUGUGGCUUCGACUAGAACCUCGUGAAUGUAGUGGAGGUGAAGCCCAGAAGUGUUUCAGAAUAUGGUCUUAAACACUGAUACCUCGUAGAUGUACUGUAGUGUUGUGUGUAGUGUUUGUAUCUCUGUGGUCCCUCUUGACUGUUGGAUGAAUGUGUACCUAUUAAAUUCAAGGUUCGUAUAUUGAGAUUUUUUGUUCUCAUCAGAACUUAUUCAAAGACCACGUAGAUGAUUAGUCGGGUUUUAAUGAAUGAUUUGAUGCAUGACCCUUGUUAAACUAACAUUAGAAUCUAUAAAACACUCUCGAAAACUCCAUUAACUUCUCUAAACAAGAACCUGUCAAAAGUUUAGUAGAGAUAAGACGCAGAGGUAGGUGAUGCAGUCUUAGGAUAUACAGGUGUUUUGGUUCUCUAGAUUCUUGUUACUGUGUUUUCCUUGUUACCUCUCUCUCUCUCUCUCUCUCUCUCUCUCUCUCUCUCUCUCUCUCUCUCUCAUGUGAACACGACUUGAAAUAUAUUGAACUUAAUUUAAUUUGCACGAAGUUUUCACUUUAGCGCAAUCCAUCCCAACCGCUCAUUCACGCUGUACAUACGUAAAUAUUAAAGGAAUCCUUUCCAUUUUUUUUUUUUUUUUUCUAUUUCUGUUGUUUUAUCUUUUAUAUUUAAAAUUCGGAUUAAUAAACAAAGAUAAACAG